UUAAUUUGAUAGGGAAGGACAAUAAUCACGUUUGGAAAAACAAGGGGAAAGAAAAGAAAGGGCAUUAUUUUAAUAAAUUGACCAUUAUACCCUUAUAUAUAUAUAAUGUCUCUAAGCCCACAAGAAGAAAAGAAAAAAAAAAAAAAAAAAAAAUUCAGCCCCUACAAAUCAAUUCAGCCUCGGCCUCCAUCUGUGAAUCUCAUUCUCAACUCUACACUUGCCCUCUCUCUCUCUGCAAAUGGAAACUACAAAAUUUACAAAAUCAAAACCCAUAUCAGCAUAUCAUUUCAGAUUGUUCAAAAAAUCAAAACCCAUAUCUUUUGGUUUCCAUCGCCAGCUGUUCCAGUUUAGGUUCGCCGUUCGCAAGCUUCAGCCGCUGUCUCUCCUCUAAGCUUGUCCCCCUCUCUCUCUGCAACUUCUAACUUGUAUAUAUGUAUGGGUUUGGUUUUAAUUUUGUUUCUGAAUCAACUAAUCAAGGUCUGUAAUUCUUGUUUUGCAAACCAAAUCUUGAUUUUGUUUAAGGAUAACUUUGGCGCCAGAGAUCCCAUAUCAACCCUAGCCUUCCCUUUUCUUUCAUUUCCUCCCAUUUUUGAGCGGUUAAGAAAAGCACUAUUCAUGUCUUGAGUUAUCCUUCCAAAACCCUCCAUCACCUUUCCUUUCCUUCCCACCAUUUAUGCCAAAUACGCUUUUUUAAUCACCUUCCCUUCCCUUUCCUCCCUUUGCCAUUGCACCAAACUGAAGGAGUUUAUGUUUAUGGCCUCAUAUACUACUAGUAAUUAAAUAGCCUUUUAACACGCAGUCUUUUACCAGCGGUAAAGGGACACACACAGACAAGCAAACACAAACAUAACCGAGACAAAACAUAACCGAGACAUCUUCGGAUUUCUGCAACCAAUCUCUGUCAUAUUCUAGAGAGAGAAACCGGAGCCAUAGAUUUCAAACCGGAGCCAUAGAUUUCAAAUCCUCGACGCUUCUUCUCUCAAUCUAGACUUUUUAGGGUUUUAGAGGGUUUGAGAAUUCUUGAUAUCUGAGACAUUUUUUCUCCUUUUUCUCAAGAACCAGGAAGAGGGAUUUGCGAGGAAAAUAUUUAUGUCUUCCAGAUCCGAAUUGUUGGUGACUCGGGCGUUGAAGCUCUGGCAUUGUGUCUCCUCAUUGUUCUUAGCUCUCCACUACACCAAUUUCGCAAUUUCUACGCGUUUGAGGCCUAAAAGAUAAGCGAUUUUGUUCGGCCUCUUGCCUGACAAAUCUCUAAUCUUUAGAAGGAUUCUUCCCUUCUGGUUCUGUUUUUGUUCCCUAUUUUGUGGGUUUUGGAGAGGAUACAUCUUGGCAAAGAUGGUACUUUCUGAGGUACAUCCACAUCAUCUAGAUAAUGGAAGACUUAAUGGAGAUAAGCAGGGCAAGAAAUCAAGGAAAAGAUCGAAACCUUGUGAAAAAAUGGGCAAACCCAUGAGGAAUCUUCGGGUGUUCUGUUACGAUGAUGACGCCACUGAUUCGUCCGAUGAUGAGCCUUGCAAAUCAAAUCGUUUCAUUAGAGAGAUUAAUCUCCCAAUGGGUAGUCAUCAGCAGAUUAAACCAAUGAAAACAGAUAGCAACAAUGGCUGCAAAAACCUUAGAAAGAGGGUUUUGACCAAGACUUUGAACCAACAGGGAGAAUCUGGCCCGAAACACAGAGGCAUUCGACAGAGGAAAUGGGGAAGAUGGGCUGCCGAAAUCCGGGAUCCCUUCCAAAGAAAGAAGGUUUGGUUGGGUACCUAUAAUACGGCAGAAGAAGCUGCAAAUGCUUACGAUAACAAGAAGCUUGAAUUCGAAUCUGUAAUGGCUAUUUCUUCCCCCGAGAAGAGGUGCAAUCAAUCUUCCUCGAUGGCUGUCCCAAAAUCUCAAAAGCCCACUAUUUCUGAUGACAGUAUAAUGCCGCACACAACGUCUCCGUCAUCUGUUCUCGAAUUGGAGUCUUCAACUACUGUCUCGGCUUUGUCAUCACACAUGAAUGGCGAAUGCAAUGAUAUGGCGAAAGAUGUUGCCAGUGUUGGUGAGCAGCAAGUGCCCAAUUUGGUUUCUGUGGAUGCCCCAUUGACGUCUCUUCCAAUUGGGGAGGGCCUGGACUAUGCACUGGAGCUUGAGUUGAUCUUUGCGGAAAAUGGUUUUGGACAAUAUUUAAGGGACAAUCUUGACUAUAUUGGGAACUAUGACAUGGACAAUCUCCAGAUAUGCGGGUCUGAUGGACGACCCAUUGAGCGUCCAGACUAUGAUUUCGAGUUUGACAGUGACCAGCUGGAUCAAGAAAAGUGUGCUUGGGUGGAUCAAUUUUUGGCUAUGGAGAAGCCCCUCAAUAUACCAUGCCCAUAGGUUUUGCAGCAAGUAGGAGGUAGUCAUUGUGGUAGUCUCGGGGACUGUAACCUGAGCUAUUGAGAGAUUUUGUUGAGGGAGUAUGCUUUCUCACUUUAUUUAGAAGUGUGUGUAAUGUGUAUGGAUAGUGAGUGAGUCCCUUGGUUUUCCUGUGCUAUUAGAGCCGUCCAAGGGUUGUUUGAUGGUAAGAGGCAAUUGCUGUUGCAUCUUCCGAGUUUUGCUCAUAUUGUCUUUAUUUCAAGCUUAUUAUGAAUUGAUGAACUGUUCUUUGGUCUAUAUAAAUUGUACUAUCGUUGCUCAAUUUGGGUACAACCUAAUCAUUGGGCUGCAUUCCAUUGGAGAGCAACAACAUCAACAAACUGGCCCUAUCUGCCACAGUCUACCAUUUGUGGAUGAUGGAGAGAAACCAAAGAAUUUUCAAAGGAGUUCACAGAGAUUGUUUGGCUCCAUGCCAGAUGUUAGCAGUUGCUUUGGUGGUAACUGCCAGAUUGAACACAAAACCUAAUGUGAUGACAACAAUUUUUUUAGAUUUUAAUAAUAUUAUUAUGAAUGGUGUUAUUAUAGUAAAAACAGAAUUUGAAUUUUAUGAGUUUAAAAUGAAGUUAAUCUUUUA